GGCGUGGAGCCGUGGACGGCGGAACGGACCGGACGGGGAGCGGACGCGUAUAAAGCUCGGUAAAAGUCCCCGGACGCGAGGGCCACAAAUCGCUCCCAGCCUCCUCUUCCUCCUCUCCCUCCCCACCCCACACGGUCAAACAAGAGAUCCCCCUCUCUCCAGUGCUCGCCCGCGAGAAGCCAAGGAGGCAAGGAUACAGCCCUCAGAAGCUUACCAUGGCGGACCAACUCACCGACGACCAGAUCGCCGAGUUCAAGGAGGCCUUCAGCCUAUUCGACAAGGACGGCGAUGGUUGCAUCACAACCAAGGAGCUGGGAACAGUCAUGCGUUCGUUGGGGCAGAACCCAACCGAGGCCGAGCUCCAGGACAUGAUCAACGAGGUGGAUGCCGAUGGCAACGGCACAAUCGACUUCCCAGAGUUCCUCAACCUGAUGGCUCGCAAAAUGAAGGACACCGACUCGGAGGAAGAGCUCAAGGAGGCCUUCAGGGUGUUCGACAAGGACCAGAAUGGCUUCAUCUCCGCCGCAGAGCUCCGUCAUGUGAUGACCAACCUCGGCGAGAAGCUAACGGAUGAGGAGGUCGACGAGAUGAUCCGCGAAGCUGAUGUGGACGGCGACGGCCAGAUCAACUACGAGGAGUUCGUCAAGGUGAUGAUGGCCAAGUGAUCCAGCGAGCCCAUGGUGGUGGUAUCAUUAUUACCCGGAAGGAGGAAAUUGUGCAUUGCAUAUAUUAGCAAAGGAAUGCGACUCUUAUUUCCUCUUCUUCCCUGAAGAACCGUACUAGUAGCCGUAGUUGCUGAGGAACAUUGAUGAAGCCCCUCCCCUGUCUCGCCGGUGCGUUCAUUGGAACUUGUUUCAUUCUGUGUGAAUCUGUAAGGCUUGCCCUCUCCGUGAUGAACCCUAUUGCACUUGAAUACCUUUGGUUGGAGUUCUGUUUCGCCCA